ACAAGGACAGCUAUACAUAAUGGAUAAAUGUUUCGAAAAGUUCACACUUUACUGGUCGACUAUCAAGAAAUCAGUUCAUCACACGGUACUAUCGUGUGUGUUCUCGUCAAAAAGCAUGAAGGAUAAUAGAGUACGAAGCCGCACCUUAAAACUCGCCCUUCAUUGUAAUCGAAACUCGAUCGAUUUGUAACGACUGCCCCGAGUGUGUUUGGUGGAAGUUGUUAAUUUGAGAAACAAGUGGAUAAUCACUAUAUUAAACGGCGGAUAGCACCACUAAACUUACAUUGUUAUUAAUACAGUUUACGUGAUUUGCAUUUAAAGAUGAUGUCCAAAAAGCAGUGGUUUGUGGUACUGUGCAUUUUCAUCGUCUAUCUCCUGUUGGGGGCUGCGAUCUUCCAUAUUAUUGAAUCCGAUGAAGAAAGGGAAAGAAAUCUCAUCGACUUACGUCUCAGGGAUGACUUGAGCGAUAAAAUUGACAAGUUAUUUGACAAAUUUGACAAAAACGUGGUCAAUGAGAGGAAAUUUCGAGACCAGUUACAAGAUUAUUGUGGUAAAUCGUUCCGCAAGAAUGGCGAGCCUCCACGGGAAGUCUGGGACUACUAUCAUUCCGUAUUCUUUGUCAUUACCGUCGUUAGUACCAUCGGAUACGGAAACUUGGCACCGACGACUAUGUUUACACGCAUCUUCAUGAUCUUCUACGGACUUAUAGGAAUACCAAUGAAUGGUAUAGUUAUGGUAACGCUCGGAACAUUCUUCGGGCGAUCGUUUACAAAACUUUAUCAACGUUGGAAAACUUCUAAAAUGCAGUACGACACCACACGAUUAGGUCUAAUCAGUCAAAUCGUACUCUAUUUGGUCCCUGGUUUCACCUUCUUCAUUUUCCUUCCAUCAUCCUUUAUGGUUUUAUUCGAAAACUGGGAACUCGACGUAGCUGUUUACUAUUGUUUUGUUACACUAACUACAAUAGGUUUCGGCGACUACGUUGCAGGCGUCGAAAACGUUAAUGACUUCCAACCAGUUUACUACUGGAUGUACAAAGUUUUUUUACUAGUUUGGGUGAUCGGAGGUCUUGGAUACGUAGUUAUGAUCCUUGGAUUCAUAACACAAGCUUUACAAAGCAAAAAAAUGCAGGCCAUCGAGCAAAUCAUAAAGCAGAAUAUCAAGAAAACGCCUGUACGCAUUCGUGAAGAACUUCGUGGUUUGCUGCAAGAAUUCCUCUUUAUGAAAGUUAAACGCGUCUACAAAGGAGAAUUUGACUACAUUCCUUCACGUCUUGAGAGGAGUCAAAGCUGUCCAGACCUGAACAUUUACCGCAAUAAUAAUUCUCCAACAACAGCAAGAAAACGUGCCUUAUCUGAGUGCCCUCACCACUUCAUGUUCCAACCCAUACAAUCGGAUACAAAUCUAGAUUAUCAGACAGAUCGAGAUUCUUACCAAGCUUCUGAUGAGUACAUGCAACAAAGUGAUCUCUUGAUGAAAGUUGUGGAUGCACUUAGUAUACUGGACGAUCAAAACGACUUAGGUGACAGCAGGGGCUAUGACGGAAUUUCAGAAACGGACAUCUUGGCAAGCGAAAGGUACGGUAGUAAAUGGUCUCUAAAGAGCCAGAAUUUGUCUCCACCCAAACCAAAAGUUCCGAGAAGACGUGCAGUUAGUGAUAUUAGAGUUCCAUCAAUGCACAAAGUAGAAGCUCAUCAAGAUGUCAGCUGGUACGCUCCAAACCCCCCAGACAACUAUCAGUCAUUCCUCGAAAGACAGCGCACCUUCUCGGUGCCGUCUUCAGAAACAGAGAAACCCCCACCAAACUUUAUAACUCGUAUCAAAAACAAGUUUAUCUCAACCAAAGACGACAAGCAUUUGGACGUUGAGCAGAACACACGAAGAUCCAGCAUCUUUACUCCAGCUGAAGACCGCUAUCUUCGUCAGACUAACAGAGGGCGAGCUUCAGUUUUAUCCGUUCAGCAACAAGAAGCUGUGUUGGAACAGACCUCGAUUGCUGAUCUAAUUAGAGCAUUUGCUGCUCUAACAGUUCCUGAGACAAUGUUACCAAACUCUGAAAGUCCUAAGCGAAAAUUAGGAACUGCAGGUUUAACUCCUCCAAAAACCUCUCCACCCAGAAUGAGAAGAGUGGGUAUUCGACCGAACUUGCAGACUCGUAGGACUUCUUUGAUGCCUGAUUCUCACGUUGUGCAAAAUGAAAGGAGAAGGUUGUCAUUAAGGCCAGUGGAGGAGAAUUUGUUGGCACCUCCACCAUAUUCAGCAAGAGAAGCUGACGAAGUAAAUCGUCCUACGAGAAGAUUCUCGAGGAUUUUGAAUGUGCCCAGUAUCAGUAUUAGUCCUGUGCAAAGACAGGUGAAUAAAAGAGAGAAUAAAGACGAAUCGUGAAUCGUGACCUCCACCGGGUCUAUAAAGUAUUAAAAAAUGUUGAGUGCUCAAACUCUUAUUGCUGUGAUUAGAAGUGUUUGUUGUCCUAUCUUUGUUUAUAUUGAAUUUUAAUAAAAAUUAUUUAUUGUUUUAA